GAUGCGCCGGGAGCUGAGCGAGGCCGCAGGCGGCGGUGGCGGCCGCGAACUCCAGGGAGGUGAUGCCACGUGGCCCCGUUUGGGUUUCUUUUAAACCUCUAAUGUCCAGACCCUGGUCCCAGGGCCAUGGAACCCACGCGAGAGUCUCCACUGUUCGGGGGCGCCUUCUCCGCCAUCCUCCCCGCCGGGGCAAUAGAUGUUAGCGACCUCCGAUCGGUCCCUGACAAUCAGGAAGUUUUCUGCCAUCCCGUGACCGACCAGAGCCUGAUCGUGGAACUCCUGGAGCUGCAGGCCCACGUGCGGGGCGAGGCGGCUGCGCGGUACCACUUUGAGGAUGUUGGCGGGGUGCAGGGGGCUAGGGCUGUGCAAGUGGAGUCUGUGCAGCCCCUCAGUCUGGAGAACCUGGCCUUGAGGGGCUGCUGUCAAGAAGCCUGGGUCCUCUCUGGCAAGCAACAGAUAGCUAAGGAAAACCAGCAGGUAGCAAAGGAGGUGACACUGCACCAGGCAUUGCUGCGGCUACCCCAGUACCAGACUGAUCUCUUGCUCACCUUCAAUCAACCCCACCCUGACAACAGGUCAUCUCUUGGCCCUGAAAAUCUGUCACCUCCACCCUGGAGCCUGGGUGACUUUGAACAGCUGGUGACCAGUCUGACCCUUCAUGAUCCCAACAUCUUUGGUCCCCAGUAAAGACGCUGAAGCACUGCAUGAUGCUGCUGAGGACUUGGGGACUCAGUACCAUGAGGGGAAGAAGAGGUUGAAUAUCUGGGUUUCCUCUUAUUUCUUCCCUGUGUGUAACAUAAGACACCUCCUCUCUGUAGAAAUAAACUU